AUGUCCUCUUCACCCUCCGACGGAAAUGAUCCGAUACUGGUUGGCCUAGACGAUGUUCCUGACUUCAACGUGGACAGAAUCCUUCCCCUCCGUGCCACCGACAUCGUUGAGAUCAAAAAAUGGCUUCAGCCAACCGCAUAUGACCUGGAGCGAAGUGCUCUAGACAUCGCACUUCACAUCUUGCAGGAACAGGAAAAUGGUUCACCUCUACAACAACCUAUCGACAGUGGCAUCAGGGCGACGAAAAUGGCCUGUUAUGCCAACCAUCAGCCAAUGGCCGCGCUGCGGAGUUGGUUAUCUCAGCUCUUGGAUUACAGCCCUACCCUGCAAGUUAAGCUGAAGAAUUACAUUGACGAAGAACGUGGUUUUGAUACCUUGGCCCACAGCGACAUCUGGAAAGACUUUAAACUGGUACUGGCCGCAUUGCCCAAGGUUUACUGUAUCACAGAUGCCUUGGAUGAGAUGGAUCAGGGGAAUGGUGAGUUCAUGCACGCUUUGGUUGAACUAGGGUAG